GAGGGAGGGAUCGAGUGAGGCAUAUACACAGAGAGACUGCAACGCAGAGCGAAAGGAAAGGCAAGGGAGGGAGUGAGGGACCAAGUGUGGGAGAAGAAGAAGCAGAAGAGCAAGAGCAAGAGUAAGUGCGAGAGCAAGAGCGAGAGCGAGAGGGGUUUCUUUCUCUUCACAGUGGCAGUGGAGUAGAGUAGAGGAGCAUCACUCACUCACUCUCUCAGGCAACGCAACGCACCGGACAGUUCUCGUCCUCGGCCUCGUCCUCGAUCUUACACACACACUCGCGAGUCAUGUUCAUGUCGUGAGGGAAACAGAGUGCGAGUGCGAGAGAGAGAGAGAAGUUGGUUACUCGACCGCAUCGAUUCCUCGCUGAAUCGAUUACCACUACUUCUGCCUCCCUCCACAGGCAGUUUCUCUAUCGCCUACAACGCGGCCAACUUGCUUCAGAUAUGGCGUAUCUGUUAUCUGAGCCUGGUUAUAGGUAACACGCAUCGAAUCCUUUCUCAGUAAAGCAUAAGGUCAAUUUCCACUCAGGCUCCUCUCAAGUUAGAGAUUGAGCAAGCAAGUGGUGUCUGGCGUUGGCUGGUGGUGGUUGUGCAUGCGGCUGAAGCCAUUAGAAACAUGGCACAGCCCAGGGCAGGAAGGAGUUUGGCGGAUCUCGAAGAUGCAGUUCUGCGACGGGUGUUGCUAGUCACAGUAAGACCUGGAAGCGAAGAGGGCUCUGGUUUACCAGUUUACUUGGAACAGCUUUCUGCGGAGCUGAUGAGCGAAGGGCGUCAAACUCUUCUCUCUCGAGAUGUUCUUGAGAGGGUGUUGAUGGAAAGAUUGAGCACUCUAUACGAGGGUUCCGAACCGCCCUUUCUGUAUCUUGUCAACUGUUAUCGUCGAGCAUUUGGAGAGAGCCGCAAGGCACAGACAAUGAAGGAUAAAGCAGCUCUUGCCGUGAUCCAGGACGCUUUGCAACAAGUAAAAGACUUGUCAGUGUCUUACUCUGUGCUCAUGUUGGUGCAUGCCAAGGACAACAUGUUCCCCCAGCCUCCUGAUGCAUCAUUUUCUCCAAACGCGCUGUUACUUGCUUCGUUGCUUGCUGACGGAUCUUCAAGUGCUGGAUAUUACGCCACCAGCAGUGGCGUAGAACCAUUGCCUCCUGGAUUUUUUGAAGGUCUUCUGAUGAGGUUCGAAGAUGAACCGGAAGGUUUCAGGAGCACUUUUGAACACUUAUACAAAGAUUUGCAAAGCAUGGUGAUGAAGAUGUCUCCGUUGGGUCCGUUUCAGCGAUGUGUGAGGACUCUGGUCAUGUUGGUUUCGUAUCCUCGUCUAGCGAAAAUACUGGUGGAGCAUCCAAUGUGGAGUCCCAAGGGUAAUCAUGUCAAUGGACGGGUUUUAGAAGUUAGCAGUAUUCUGGGACCUUUCUUUCACAUCAGCGUCAUACCCGAUCAUCCGGUGUUUGGAAAUGGAGAACCCAACGCGAGGCAACAGUGUUUUUCUGAUGUUUCAAGCCGCCGGGACUUGGCGUCUUCAUACACUACGAUAAAAACUGUUUUGCAUCAGCUUUACGAUGGUAUGCACGAGGUCUUACUGAAGCUUCUUCGAACAUCUGAGACACGAGAGUCUGUGCUUCAGUACUUAGCGGAUGUCAUACAGAAGAACGUCAACCGGAGUCAACUUCAGUCGAAUCCAUUUGCAGUUGCGAGUAGUGGAAUGUUUGUAAGCUUGAGUGCAGUCAUGCUCAAACUUUGUGAACCAUUUCUGGAUGCUUCUUUAAGCAAGAGAGAUAAACUCGAUCCGCGUUACGUUCUUCAAGGAGGUCGGCUUGACUUCAGUGGAUUGACAGCAGUUUUUGCCACAUCUGAGGAGUUGGGGAAAUGGGUGGAUAGCCGCAAUCACUCCCGCGCUGAAGGUUAUCGUCAAAUACAGCAGUUCGGGGAACAGGAAGAGAUGCGGCGUUUACAAGCUGAGGAGGCUUCCACUUCCAUGAUGAACAGUUCGCAAUCUCAUCCACUGAGGAAUAUUGCAUCUGCAAUAGACAGUAUGAAGUUUACAUUCAUCUGCGAAUGCUUUUUCCUGACAGCAAGAGUACUUAAUUUGGGACUCAUCAAGGCAUUAUCAGAUUUCAAGUCUUUGUUACAAAAACUUUCUAGGCGGAAGGAUGACCUCGCGGCAUUGAAGAACAUGCGUGGUAAUGGAGCUCCACCAAGUAUAGAACAAGACAUUAUUCAAGCGGAGGCAGUUGUUGAGCAGCUAUCACAGGAUCGUCUCUGUUAUGAUUCCCAGCUCCUCAAAGAUUUGGACCUGCUGCAAGAAGCUUUAUCUUACUACAGGCUCAUGGUAGUGUGGCUCACAGGCUUAGUCGGUGGUUUUCAUAUGCCGCUUCCGGUACCGUGCCCAAUGGAGUUUGCUUCCAUGCCCGAACAUUUUGUAGAAGACGCUAUGGAGCUGCUAUUAUUUGCUUGUCGUAUUCCAAAAGCUCUCGAUGGUGUGAAUUUGGACGAGUUUAUGAGUUUCAUAGUGAUGUUUAUGGGAAGCCCACAUCACAUUAGAAAUCCGUAUUUACGAGCAAAAAUGGUUGAAGUGUUGAACGGGUGGAUGCCUUCAAAAUGCACUUCUCCAACCUUGGUCAGCAGCAUGUCAUCUCUUUUUGAGGGACAUCACCUGGCUUUGGAAUAUUUGGUGCCGAAUCUGCUCCAACUUUAUGUCGACAUUGAGUUUACUGGAGCCCACAAUCAGUUCUACGACAAAUUCAAUAUUCGUCACAAUAUUGCGGAGCUGCUGGAAUAUUUAUGGGGUGUACCUAGUCACCACAAAUCGUGGAUGCAGGUUGCUGUGAGGGAGGAGAAGGGUGCUUAUUUGAAGUUUCUUAAUUUACUUAUUAAUGAUAGCAUCUUUCUCUUGGAUGAGAGCCUAAAGAAAAUUCCCGAACUCAAAGAAAUGGAAGCACAACUGGCUGACACUACUGCAUGGAGUAGGAGACCAGCUCAAGAAAGGCAGGAGAGAGAGCGACAUUAUCAUCAACAAGAACAUAUUGUUCGAAUUGACAUGAUGCUGGCCAAUGAAGACGUUAAAAUGAUUCAAUAUACUUCUGCGGAGAUUACUGCACCAUUCCUACUUCCUGAGAUGGCAGAGAGAAUAGCGGCAAUGUUAAAUUACUUCUUGGUGCAACUUGUUGGACCUCAACGCAAGGCUUUAUCUGUGAAAGAUCCUGAGAAAUACGAGUUCAGGCCUAAAGAGCUUCUGGCACAGAUAGUAAACAUAUAUGUGAACCUGGAUAGAGGCGAUUCACAGGGGAUCUUCGCAAGAGCAGUCUCUAGUGAUGGUCGCUCAUAUAGGGAUGAGUUGUUCACAGAAGCUGCUGGACUUCUGCGCCGAAUAGGUAGUCUUCCUAUGCAAAUGAUCGAAGCGUUUGAAUUACUAGGUGCUAAAGCGAGAACACAGGCGCAAGAGAUGAUGGAUGCGGAAGCUAUGCUUGGUGAUAUUCCUGACGAAUUUCUUGAUCCUAUUCAGUACACAUUGAUGACGGAUCCUGUCAUUCUUCCUUCUUCAAAAACUAUCGUCGACCGAUCUGUUAUACAGAGGCAUCUUCUAAGUGAUCAGACGGAUCCAUUCAACCGAUCGCUGUUAACUGUGGAAAUGUUGAUACCGGAUCACGAGCUUAAGAGAAGAAUCGACGAUUAUCUUGCGUCCCACUCAAAGAAGUGACGUUUCUAUAUUGACCUUGUGUUAAUUUAGUCUUAACCUGAGUUGGCUUGCUGCUA